AACCCUGCAUUUAUUUGAUAUAUUGGGGGAUUAAACUAACGUUGCAACGGAAGUGCAAAAUCCGGUGUGAGGUUACUUUUUGUCCAUAGUAACGCGACUCCAUUUUCAUAGCGACGAGACGGUAGCUUGUUAGUGGAAGGAUUUCUUUUUCGACGUCAAAGCGGAAGUUGCCAUCAUCACGUGACAGUUACUUAGAAACGUGUCUGAUAACGUCGCCAACAUCUUUACAACUGCUACAGACAGCGUUCACUUAGAAAAUUAGGAAAUAUAACCACUAAAUAGUUGUUUUAGGAUCUAAUUCGGGGUCAGAGUCCCUUCCUGGAUACAACAUGAGUCACAAGGGACGCAGUGUUACCAGACUGGCAUACUACGACAGUCCGGCCAUAGUCCGUUCAAGGAGCGCCACCCCACUCACACCGGAAAUGUCUAAAAUACUGCCAUACGUGUCCGACAAAACUAUUUCACGACAUCUAGGUUACGCCGGAAGAUCAAUGGACCUCGGCCACGCUAAGAAUUACUUUAAUCCUGCCAGAAACACAAUCUACUCCCGCUACACACCAAAUGACUGGGGUCUCUCAAACUCGAUGAACUACAGUCUGUCAGACAAAGAGCGCGCUUUCGGCGAGCGUCUGCGAGCUGAUGCUUGGAGAGCCAUGAAGGAGACAGACGCCAGAACCAGAAACAGGCAGAAUGACGUCACCAAAAAAUUAGGCGAACGUGUUUAUGACAUCGCAUUUUGGAAGAGCGAACUUAACAUGGAAAUCAACUCCCUAGCAACCGAGAUUGAAAAUUUGAAGGAAUACCGUCGCACCUGUGAGAAAGCCCUGUCAGACACAGCCAACCCACUACAUAUAGCCGAGGAGUGUUUGAUGCACAGAGAAAAGAGACAAGGAAUUGAUCUUGUCAACGACGAUGUUGAGAAAUCACUCGUCAGAGAGGUGAACGUGAUCAAGAAAUGUCAAGCUAAAAUGAAGAGAGUUUUGGACAAAGCUUCCGUCCAACUAAAGAUGGACCGUGCUGCCCAGCACACACUUGAGAUCGACGCCAAGGACAAACAUCACGCGCAAGGCCUUGACGACCGUAUCCAGUCCUACAGAAACGGGUCAGCCGGCACUGGCUACUACCCAGGCAUCGAAAGUAUUGAUAACACAAUCACCAUUCCAGAAUCUUGGGCAAGAUACACACAGGAAAACAUCGCUAGAUCACAGAAAGAACGUGCAUGUUCCGAGCGUUUACGGGGAGAGAUUGACAGCACACUCCGUGCAUGUGCAAACGACAUGUGGAACAUGUUCAACACAGUGAAUAACGCCUUUAACACGAGAAUACGCGAGACUACAGAUGCAAGAAAUAAACUUCAGGCUCAUCUCCAGAGAACUAUGGCGGAGAUCUUCGACAUGGAGAAGAAUAUCGAGUUAUUACGAAAGGCUAUUCAAGACAAGGAGGCACCAAUGAAGGUGUCACAGUCACGUCUGGACGAGAGAACGAGACGUAUCAACGUAGAGCUCUGUAACGAUCCAGUCAUGAAAUCUCUGCAACGUGAAGUUAGCGAGAUCAGAGAAUCAGUGCGUAUACUCAAAGAGCGUCUGAAGGCCUCAGAGUUGAGUUUGGCGCGCUUGAUGAAAACAAAGGCAACCUUGGAACACGACAUCUCGGUCAAGGAGAACAGUCUAAGAAUAGAUUCACAGUAUUGCAUGGGCAUGCGCAAAGGAUUCCCAAUGGAUCCAAAAGUUGGACCAAUUUUCCAAAUGCCUACUUGCUAGGGGACUUUAAACUUUAGACUUUUUUGUUAAACCAUUCUAAUUGAACACUUUAUUCAAUAAAGAAAUAUCAUGCUGCAUACCACAUUUAGUGCGUGUGAUUAUUAAACUAUUACCAAAAGAGUUGUAUUAAGAAUAUGAAGUGAUUGUAGGAAUUUUGUCAACAUUUAAAGCCAACUUAUUAUAGUGCUAUAAAGUUGUUAUCAAACUGCAUUUUAAAGUCGCCCAUACGCUCGAUAUUUUUUAUUCUGAAAACACACGAGAUGUCACCAUCUGAACUAUGGUUAUGACUCCUAUCAUGAUAGAAAUUUGCCAGCCUCGCCUCUUUCAUCUUACGCAUUUCAUGGAGUGCGCCCAAGUUAGGUUUUAUAGAUCUGAAUGUAAAUUAAUACAUUAGUUCAUUUGUCCAUGUUCGUUGAAUUCUUGGAGUGCGGUCAUAUUAAAACAAAUUUCCAACUGCCAUGAACAACUACCAGCGUUUUAAAAGUUUGUACAUUUUACUAUUGUUUGUUUAUUCUUUUAUCUUGUGCUUAAACCUUUACAAGAAUUUGGCAAUGCUUACUUAGUAGGCAUAUUUUUGACCUUCAUAACACGCUAGAUUUAUAAGAUAAACUUGUUUGGUUUUUAUUAUCAUUUUUUUUGUAUUUUUAUUCCCCCUAAUAUAACAUUUCUUAAGCCGCUGUGAAGUUUAUAUACUGACCAAUAUUUUAUUACAAUCAAAUUAAAUUUUACACAACUAUAUGGGCAAAUCGAAUUUAAGACUUUUCUUUGACGGCUACCGAGAGUUGCUGUAUUAAGGGGAAUACAAUGGGUGUGGAAUUUCACUCUCUCAUGGUUCAAACAGUAUUAUAUUGUUAUCUUUUUCCACAAUGUUAAUUAUGUACAGUGUGCUUAUUUUUUUCAUUUAGUAACUUGUUUUUAUAUUUCAUGUAUUUAUUUUAGUUUUUUUUUUCAUUCGAGUCAUAAGCGAUAGGUAGCAAAUUGGUUCUUCAGCAUUGAAGAGCUCGCGAUAUCUAUCAAAAAGGCAAAAGAUGAAAUGGUUUCUUCUAAUCAUUCAUUUAUGAUUGAGAUAAAGAAUCCAACUUUAUCAUUGCCCAGUACUAGUAAAAGUAGUCAGAUUAGAUGCUUAGAAUAGAAGCAAAUUGCUUACAAUCAAAACAGUAUUUUUCAUUCGUCAUUCUGGUGUGAAAAUGUAAUCAAAUUGUAUUUAUAAUUAUUUUGUGUAUAUGAGGUAGAGGUCAAAUGAAUUUUGUUUUCAAAGCUUAAUAUAAAUUAUUCCUGUAAAUUUUGAUAUGAAAAGUGUUUGUUUAAUCCGAAGCUUACAUUGUACUAUAUAUGGUUCAGUAUCCUUUUCGAGAUUUCCCCUGAAUGACUGUCUUUAUCAGUAUUACCCUAAAUAAAGUAUUGCUUUUGUCAUAAUUUAAAGUUAUUAUCCUGCUAAAGUAGCUUGUUGAUGUAUUUGCUCAAAACGGCAAGAAAAACAUCUUGCCACUAUCCAAUUCCCUUGUCUGUGAUAAGUAUAACAGGAUGUCCGGAGUCAUCAGUGUACGCAUGCGUGUUGAGAUUUCCGGUCUAAAGGUCUAUUAGUUAUGUUUGUUAUAUGUAUGUAUUUGCAUAGAUCCACAAUUAUCAAGGCUUAUGUUGUUUGCACAAUAAAAAUCUUACAUA